AUGGCUACUCUUCCGCCACAGCAAAACGCGGACAGCGGCUUGAAGGAGCGCUUCUUCCGCUACUUCCAGCAUGAGGUGACAGAGCUCCAGGAGGAGAUCAACCGGCUCGCGGACAAGGCAAUCACGGGCGGCGAGCGGGCAGAUGGCGUGGAGCACUGCCUGGCUGGCAUAGCAAGGCUGUCGCGCGAAGUCAAGGACGCCUCGAGCUACAUCCCGGCGUACGACCAGCGAACAUAUUCUGAGGCCAUCAAAGCCCUCAACGACAAGCUGAACCAGGCCCGCGCCGCUUUCGCCCCCCGUAGCAAGUUUUCCUUCAAGUCCUCCCGCCAGUCCGGCGCCAUCUCCGCCGUCUCGCACCACAAGAACCCGUCUGCCAUCUCGCUCGAGGACGCGGCCGAGCUCGCCUCGCAGCAACGUCUCAAACUCCCAGGAGCGCGCCAGCUUAACGACGCCACCGCCAGCUCUGGAGACACGUCGACCGCGGAAUCCAGCGCCUUCGCCUCCCCCGCCGCACCCGGCACGCCAGCGAACGAGGGCGCAGGAGAUGGCAUCGGCAACGACGGCACGAGCCUUAGCAGUCAGAACGGCGUGGGGCUAGACGGCCACGGCGGCACGGCGCAGGAUGGCUUCGUGAACCGACACCUCAGCAGCUCGCAGCAGCAAGGGUCGCCGGUGCGCAAGCCGUCGUUCAGCGGCACGAGCAGCGUCACCAUCGCGGGCCAUUCCGGCCUGCACAUCAUCCUGCCGCCCACCGCCUCGCACGCGACGUCGGCCGGCACCAUCGCGAACGUGCGCCGCUGCAUCGUCGACAUGAGCCAGCCCACGGCCGAGGCCAAUGGCGGCGCCCCCUUUGCCGGCCUGACGGUCAAGAACGUGCGCGACUCGCUGCUUGUCUGCGGCCGCGUUGCCGGCGCCAUUCAUAUCACCGCUGUCGAAGGUAGCGUGUUGGUGAUCAACGCGCGCCAGUUCCGCAUGCAUGAUUGCAAGAACGUUGACGUGUACCUGCAAUGCGGGAGUAGGCCAAUUAUCGAGGAUUGCGUGGGCAUCAGGUUCGCGCCGUUGCCCGAUACCUACACCCACGAAGACUCCUCCGCGCAACCGAACUUAUGGGACCAGGUCGAUGAUUUCAAGUGGCUUAAGGCCGAGCACAGCCCCAAUUGGAGCGUUCUCCCUGUUGAGUCGCGCAUCUCGGAGCACGUGUGGAAGAACUUGGUACCCGGCAGUCCAGACAUGGGAUUGGAGGAGAUAUUCAAGGCUGUCAAGAUACAGCCAAAGCAUUAA